AAGCACAAGGCCACGAGAAUGGUCUGAUAAUAACCCGUGUGUAUAUAUUACUAGAGGAAGUAGUCUGCUGAGACUUUAGACAGAAAUGGAAGAGAAGUGGGGUGAAGGUACGAGAAUGAGUAUAAAUCGAAAGGAGAAGCGGAAGGCAAUGAAGAAAAUGAAGCGGAAGCAACUGAGGAAGGAAGCAGCGGAGAGGGAGCGGCGGGAGGAGGAGGAGCGUCUCAACGAUCCCGGGGAGCAGAGGCGGUUGCAGUUGCUGGAGCAGGAAGAGGCUGAGAGAAUGGAAAGGGACAGGAUCCAAUUCGAGGAGAGAGAGAGGGCUUGGAUGGAGAUGAUCGACCAACAACAGCUUCAGCAGCAACAACAAUCCCAUUCCAACGAGAGAGAGGACCAAAUUGAUGAUGACGAAUAUGAAUAUGUUGAGGAAGAAGGGCCUCCACAGAUUAUUUGGCAAGGAAACGAGAUCAUCCUCAAGAAGAAACAAAUCAGAGUUAGGGUUAGGGACAGGGACAGGGACAAGGACAAGGACAAGGAUGAGUAUGAGGAUGAGUAUAGACCUACAUCCAAUCCCUUUCCCCCAGAAUCGCCCGCUCAGGCUCAGAUGCUGGAGAAUGUUGCUCAACAAGUUCCCAAUUUCGGAACCGAACAGGAUAAAGCUCAUUGCCCUUUUCAUCUAAAAACCGGAGCAUGUCGUUUUGGUCUACGCUGUAGCAGAGUCCAUUUUUACCCUGACAAGUCCUGCACCCUUCUCAUGAAAAACAUGUACAACGGUCCAGGCCUUUCUUGGGAGCAAGAUGAGGGCCUUGAGUAUACAGAUGAAGAGGUUGAACGUUGUUUUGAAGAAUUUUAUGAGGAUGUUCACACGGAGUUCCUGAAAUUUGGAGAAAUUGUGAACUUUAAGGUGUGUAAAAAUGGUUCAUUUCACUUGCGAGGAAAUGUCUAUGUACAGUAUAAAUUGUUGGAUUCUGCUCUGCUUGCUUAUAACUCUGUUAAUGGUCGCUACUUUGCUGGGAAACAGGUAAGUUGUCAAUUUGUUAAUUUGACGAGGUGGAAGGUUGCCAUAUGUGGCGAAUAUAUGAAAUCAGGUUUCAAGACUUGUUCACGUGGAACAGCAUGCAAUUUUAUCCACUGUUUUCCUAAUCCUGGUGGAGACUAUGAAUGGGCAGAUUCUGACAAACCCCCCCCACGGUACUGGGUAAAAAAGAUGGUCGCUUUAUUUGGUUAUUCUGAUGAUUAUGAGACUUUAAAGGAGCAGGGGAAUUUGAGUUUGCCAAAAAACACCUCAAAAACAGAUUCUGACAGGUAUCACUCAAGAAGAUUGAGAUCUAGGGAGAUGGAUCAGUUAAAUUGUGGUCGUUCUGGUAGAAGAAAACAAGAAGACAAAAAAACGCGAAGAACUCCAGAUGAGGAAUGGAAUGCCAACUUUGAUUUUGACGGGGAAAGGUUAGAAAAAGAGGAAAACAGGGAAAAGCACCAUGAACUCACUAGGAAUAGCUCAUUUAACAGGAACAAGGAUGACAAUGGUCGAAGCUAUGAAGAGGAUUCUGAUGUGGAUUGGGAUACUAGGGAGAAUGAAAAACAGCAUGGCAGAGAAGGAAAAAACUCGAGAAAGUGGAAGAGAGAUAGUAGGGACUGGAUUUAUGAGGUUGAAUCAGAUGGGGAGAGAGAUAGAAAAAGGCAUCACAUUGGCAAAAGAAAAAGCUCAAGACAUCAGAGUGGCAAUGAUUCUGACUCUGACAACAAUUUGCUUGAUAGAGAGAUGGAAAGACAACAUGGUUACUGUAGGAAAAGCUUGAGACACAGAAGAUCUGGUCUUCAGGAUGACUAUAAAUACUUAGAAAAUGAAAAUGAGAAAGUUGAUGGAGGUUGGUCUCAGAGGCAGAGUGACAAACGAGAACAUCGUCACAAAAAGAAGAGAUCAAGGGGUUAAAAGAAAUUGACUCUGUCAAUGAAGAUACCAAAAAAUGUGAAGUUAGAAACGCAAGAGUGUGGUCUAGUUAGAACUGAAGCGGGUAUGGCAUCAUAGCAACAAAGGAAGACAAGCUCUUGUAACGUGUUGUAGUUAAUAUUGGUGGAAAUUUGUUUAGCAAUGGCUAAGAAAAGGAUUGUAACGUCAGAAAAUAGUUGCAGACUGAUGAAUUUUGUGUCAGUGUUUUGAUGUUACUGGGUGUUUCCUAAUGGUUCAUGAAAAGAUUUUUAACGU